UGGGUAGAGGGGCGGGGGUUGGGAAGAUGGCGGCUCCCAGCCUCCUUAACUGGAGGCGGGUUUCUUCCUUCACGGGGCCGGUCCCCCGCGCCCGGCACGGACACCGAGCUGUGGCCAUCCGGGAGCUGAUGAUCAUCUUUGGCGGGGGCAACGAGGGCAUCGCGGACGAGCUGCACGUCUACAACACCGUUACAAACCAGUGGUUCCUACCAGCAGUUAGAGGAGACAUCCCUCCAGGCUGUGCUGCACAUGGAUUUGUCUGUGAUGGUACCAGAAUAUUAGUAUUUGGGGGAAUGGUUGAAUAUGGACGAUACAGCAAUGAGUUAUAUGAGUUACAAGCAAGUCGUUGGUUAUGGAAGAAAGUGAAGCCCCAGCCCCCAUCUUCUGGUUUACCUCCUUGUCCUCGGCUUGGACAUAGUUUCUCUUUAUAUGGUAACAAAUGCUAUUUGUUUGGUGGUCUGGCAAAUGAAAGUGAAGAUUCAAACAAUAAUGUUCCCAGAUACUUAAAUGAUUUCUAUGAGUUGGAGCUACAGCAUGGGUCUGGUGUUGUAGGUUGGAGCAUUCCAGUCACUAAAGGGAUUGUGCCUUCUCCGAGAGAAUCCCACACAGCUAUUAUAUAUUGUAAAAAAGAUUCUGGAAGUCCUAAGAUGUAUGUUUUUGGUGGAAUGUGUGGUGCUCGCCUAGAUGACCUAUGGCAGCUUGACCUAGAAAGUAUGUCAUGGUCAAAGCCAGAAACUAAAGGAACAGUCCCACUUCCACGAAGCCUUCAUACAGCCAGUGUUAUUGGAAACAAAAUGUACAUUUUUGGUGGAUGGGUUCCACAUAAGGGGGAAAAUGUUGAGACUUCACCUCACGAUUGUGAAUGGAGAUGUACUAGUUCAUUUUCUUACCUAAAUCUAGAUACAGUAGAGUGGACAACCUUAGUAUCAGAUUCCCAGGAAGAUAAAAAAAAUUCAAGGCCAAGACCAAGAGCUGGACACUGCGCUGUUGCAAUUGGCACUCGAUUAUAUUUUUGGAGUGGAAGAGAUGGUUACAAAAAAGCACUGAAUAGUCAAGUUUGCUGCAAGGAUCUUUGGUAUCUUGAUACUGAGAAACCACCAGCCCCAUCACAAGUACAGUUGAUCAAAGCGACUACCAACUCUUUUCAUGUCAAGUGGGAUGAAGUGCCUACAGUGGAGGGCUAUCUUUUGCAGCUGAAUACAGACUUGCCUUACCAAGCUGCAUCAUCUGAUCCUUCAGCAGCACCAAAUAUGUCAGGAGGCAGGAUGGACCCUCACAGACAAGGCAGUAAUAAUGUCCUUCCUAACAGCGUCAAUGAUACAGUAAACAGUGCAAAAACUGAACAUACAGCCACGAAAGGAACAUCAGUGAAAACCAAACCAGAUUUCAAAGCGACAGAUUCUAGUGCCAUUUUACAUUCAUCUUUGGCAUCUAAUGCUUCCAAUCAUAAUAGUUGUAUGGUGGAUAUGCUAAGGAGAAAUGAAGGUCCUCACACUUCAGCACAUGUAGGUGCACUAAGUAGUUGCCUGGACUUAAGAACAGUAGUCCCUGAAACGUCAGUAUCCAGUACUGUUUCCAGCACACAAACUAUGGUAACCCAGCAGACCAUUAAAACCGAAUCAUCCAGUACAAAUGGGGCACUUGUUAAAGAUGAAACUUCACUAACAGCAUUCAGUACCAAAUCUGAAGUUGAUGAAACAUGUGCUCUGCCUGCAACUAAGAUCAGUCGUGUGGAGGUGAAUGCUGUAGUAAUGCCAUUUUCUAAAGAGACUCCUUCAAAUCCAGUGACCACAGUGAAAGCAGGAGAACGACAGUGGUGUGAUGUGGGAAUUUUUAAAAAUAAUUCUGCUUUGGUGAGCCAGUUUUAUUUGCUGCCAAAAGGGAAACAAAGCAUUUCAAAGGUAGGAAAUGCAGAUGUACCUGACUACAGUUUGCUUAAGAAACAAGAUCUCAUUCCAGGCAUGGGAUACAGAUUCAGGGUUGCUGCAAUCAAUGGUUGUGGAAUAGGCCCUUUCAGCAAAGUCAGUGAAUUUAAAACUUGUAUUCCUGGUUUUCCUGGUGCCCCUUCUGCAGUCAGAAUUUCAAAGAAUGUUGAAGGCAUCCACCUUUCCUGGGAGCCUCCAACUUCACCUUCUGGAAACAUUUUGGAAUAUUCAGCCUACUUGGCUAUCCGCACAGCACAGAUACAAGAUAAUCCAAGCCAACUUGUUUUUAUGAGGAUUUAUUGUGGUCUUAAGACAUCUUGCAUAGUGACUGCUGGACAACUCGCAAAUGCACACAUUGAUUAUACAUCCAGGCCUGCUGUUGUGUUCAGGAUAUCGGCAAAGAAUGAAAAGGGCUAUGGACCAGCUACACAAGUUCGAUGGCUUCAAGGUAACAAUAAGAAAGCACCUUAAGUUGAAUUGUUUUGUUUUUUGGUUUUUGUUUUUGUUUUUUUUUAACUAAAGCUAUUGUGCUGGUGAUUUAUUUAUUAGUAACUGGUUUCUGAAGAUUUGUCAUUUAAAAGAGUUUUCUCUGACUGUAUUUAGCAGUUAUGAAUUUGAGUUUGUAAGUUGUUCCUAAAAUGUAUUUGCUCAAUUCUAGAUCCAAAUAAAAAUAGAAAAGAAGCAAAGACUCUCUG